GUUUAUGUGAAGAUUCUUUAAUAUUUUUAUAUAUAUAUAAUUAAAGUUGGAAUCUUUGAUAUAGUUCACCCAAGUGUUGUUACUUAUUCUCUAAAUCAAAUGAUUCAAAUGUAAUCUUUCUCUUCUUUCAUCACUACCAUUGAUCUAAUCAACUUUUCCUUAAAAAAAAAAAAUUAUUUUAUUUUGUGGGUUCUGUUUUCAACAUCAAGCUUCAAACUUUUUUUCUUGCAGCACAUUUGGAAUCUUUACUUCUUCACUGAAAAUGGCAGCACUUUGAGCAACUUUAAAGAAUUUAGCUAUCGAAAUACGCUCAAAUCCGUCGACAAUGAUGUCGAGGUCUUACACUAAUCUCUUCGAACUCGCUUCCGGUGAAGCACCAUUACCAUCAUCGGGUUUUAGUCGAUCCGCGAAAAAGCUAUCUCGUGUGGCAACCGUGCCAGGGGUAUUAUCGGAACUAGACGAUGAAGGUUUUAGUUCUGAUGCCCCAUCAUCCAUUUGUCAAGAACGGAUGAUCAUCGUAGGAAACCAACUCCCGCUCUGGGCCCACAAAGGGCCCGACGGGAGUUGGAACUUCGGUUGGGAUGAAGAUUCCCUCCUUUUACAACUCCGAGACGGGCUCGGGGAAGAUGUCGAAAUCACAUAUGUCGGUUGUCUUCGAGAAGAAAUCGACCCGAAAGAUCAAGACGAUGUGGCCCAACGUUUGCUCGAAAAGUUUAACUGUGUGCCUGCGUUUAUACCUCCUGAGCUUUUUAGCAAAUACUAUCAUGGGUUCUGUAAACAACACUUGUGGCCAGUGUUUCACUACAUGCUUCCGUUAUCACCGGACCUCGGUGGCCGGUUUGACCGGUCUCUGUGGCAAGCAUACGUCUCGGUCAACAAAAUCUUUGCGGAUAAAGUAAUGGAAGUGAUUAGCCCCGAUAACGACUUUGUUUGGGUACAUGACUACCAUUUGAUGGUUUUACCAACCUUUUUAAGAAAACGGUUUAAUCGGGUCAAACUCGGGUUCUUUCUCCAUAGCCCGUUCCCAUCCUCCGAGAUAUACCGGACCCUUCCCGUAAGAGACGAUCUUCUACGAGCCCUUUUGAAUUCCGAUCUCAUUGGGUUUCAUACUUUCGAUUACGCACGACAUUUUCUUGCGUGUUGUAGUAGGAUGCUCGGUUUAUCUUAUCAAUCGAAAAGAGGUUAUAUCGGGCUCGAAUACUAUGGGCGGACCGUAAGCAUCAAGAUUUUACCAGUCGGGAUUCAUUUGAAACAGCUUCGAAAAGUUCUCGAUUUACCGGAAACCGAGUCCAAAGUUUCGGAGUUACGAGAUCAGUUUCGAGGUCGAACCGUGUUACUCGGGGUCGAUGAUAUGGACAUUUUCAAAGGCAUAAGUUUGAAGCUUUUAGCGUUCGAGAAUUUGCUGAUGCAGCAUCCGGAUAAACGGGGUAAGGUGGUUUUGGUUCAAGUUGCGAAUCCGGCUCGAGGUCGAGGUCGGGAUGUACUUGAGGUCCAGUCCGAGACUCAUACCACUAGAGAAAGAAUUAAUAAAAAAUUCGGUCAGCCUGGUUACGAGCCCGUGAUCUUGAUUGACAGCCCGCUUCAGUUUUACGAGAGGAUUGCGUACUAUGUGAUCUCCGAGUGUUGUCUUGUUACAGCGGUUAGAGACGGAAUGAAUUUAAUACCUUAUGAGUAUGUUAUAAGUAGACAGGGAAACGAUAAGCUUAACGAAGCUUUAGGGGUAAACCCGGCAAUUCCGAAAAAGAGUAUGUUAGUUGUCUCGGAAUUCAUCGGUUGCUCACCGUCUCUAAGCGGGGCCAUCCGGGUCAACCCGUGGAAUAUUGACGCAGUGGCCGAAGCUAUGGAUUCCGCAUUAGGUUUUGCAGAACCCGAAAAACAAAUGAGGCAUGAAAAACAUUAUAGAUAUGUUAGUACUCAUGAUGUUGCGUAUUGGGCCCGUAGCUUUUGGCAAGAUCUUGAACGAUCCUGCCGAGAUCAUGUAAGGAGAAGAUGUUGGGGUAUCGGGUUUGGGUUAGGGUUCCGGGUUGUUGCGUUGGAUCCGAACUUCCGGAAGCUUUCGAUCGAACAUAUUGUUUCGGCUUACAAACGGACAAAAAAACGCGCGAUUUUGUUGGAUUAUGAUGGUACUAUGACACUGCAGAAUUCAAUCAGUACGGGCCCGAGUUUGGAAGUUAUAAGAACAGUGAAUAGUUUGUGUCGAGACCCGAAAAACGUCGUUUUUGUCGUUAGCGGGAAGGAUCGGGCUACGUUGACCAAAUGGUUUUCGUCGUGCGACGAAUUGGGUGUUGCAGCUGAGCAUGGUUACUUUCUAAGGGAAAGUAAGAAUUCAGAAUGGGAAACAUGUAUCGCGGUGCCGGAUUUUUACUGGAAACAGAUUGCAGAGCCAGUGAUGAAGUUGUAUACCGAAACAACAGACGGUUCCGCCAUUGAGGCUAAAGAGAGUGGACUUGUUUGGAAUUAUCAGUAUGCCGAUCCGGACUUUGGUUCAUGUCAAGCUAAGGAGCUUUUGGAUCAUUUGGAAAGUGUUCUUGCUAACGAGCCCGUUACGGUCAAGAGCGGGCACAACAUAGUUGAAGUUAAACCUCAAGGGAUCAACAAAGGGCUUGUUGCAGAUCGUCUUUUGACGACAAUGAAACAAAGAGGAAUGCUACCAGAUUUCGUGCUUUGCAUAGGGGAUGACAAGUCAGACGAGGACAUGUUUGAAGCAAUCACACGAGCAGUGUCGGGUCCCGCUCUUUCUCCGGUAGCUGAAGUUUUCGCUUGCACAGUUGGCAGAAAACCGAGUAAAGCCAGAUACUUUCUUGAAGACACAACCGAGAUCCUGAGAAUGCUGCAGGGUCUUUCCGCUGCUUCGGAGAUGCAUUCACUAAAAAACGUAUCGAAAAGUUUUCAGAAAGUGGUCAUUGAGUAGGGGUUUAUAGAACCGGCAUUGUUCGUGUUGGUGGUUGCUUAUGAAUAAUAAUCGUCAUCUCCGAAUUCAUCAAUAAUGGAGAGGUUUAGUUUUAAUGUUUAGAAAGUCAAGUUUAUGUGAUGUUAUAGAUAUAGAGUAUGUAGUUGGUGGUUUGAACCUUGAAAGUAAAUAAGUUGACUUCUGGUGAUUCAAGUCAAACUUGUAAGGUCUUGUAUUAGAUGGCUAUAAACAUAAUAAGAUUGGCUUUUUAGAUGCUACUGCAUUCGA